AUGUAAGAUAAUCGUGAUCAAUUAAUUCUUGACAUUAAAAUUGCCAAUUACAGGAAAUAACAAUAAUAAAGAAUUUUAGAAGAAUAAAACUUUCAAUAACAAAUACCAAAAAUCAAAUAACUAAAGGCAACAAUAUUCUAAGAUGAUAUGCAUUAUUUUGCUAAAUCUUUUUUUACUGGAUUUCCAAUAGCUUUAGGCUCACUUAUCAUAUUCAGAUCAUUGCUUAUAUUCCCAUUAGCUAUGUGUGCAACAAAUUAUUUGUAAAAAAAUAUGCAUUAGUUUUAUGAAUAUUUAGAACAGAACUAAUAAUGA